AUGAAGGGAAACAGCAGACACCUCAAUGAUGAAGGAGGUGUCAGUGGACGUGAGGACUGUGUCAUCAUCAAUGGGACCUGCAGUGAGCAGUCCUCAGAUGCCAGGAAUGUCCCCUUGACCCGAGUCUUGGAGGCAUUCUGCACAGUGGAGACCAGUGGCUGCAGAGCAAGCUCACGACAGUCCAAGAGGAGGGUCUCCAACACAAUCACUUACAUUCAGGACCUGACAGGAGCUGGAGAUGAAGGUAGAGAUGGCGAGGUGGAGGACAGCAGUGGCUCUGGCACUCUAGCGAUGCCCAAAUUCUGCUGGGAGACCAGGACACCCUCUAAAAUCCCAGCAUCCCCGAGUUGGCAAGCAACCACUUCAGCAAGUACACUGUGGCUGUCCCCUACUAGCCCGUACCCCACCAUUGACCUCACAGAUGAAGAAGCCAUAUCCCAGAGCAUCAAUACCCCGCUGGUUAUCUUGAGCCAGGACAGCCAUCAGGAGGGCGUGGAUACCACACAGGUGGAUGUGGAAAGCAGAGGUGGAGACAACACCAAGUUUCAGAGAGCCAGGGUGCGAGCUGGCAAGACCUUCCCCAGCAGCCCUGGAGACUCCCUGGAGGACAAGCUGAAGCCCAUGCUGGAGUGGGCCCACGGGGGCUUCAAGCCCACUGGCAUCGAGGGCCUCAAGCCGAAUAACAAGCAACCAGAGAACAAAGGUCGAAGACGCACAACCAAUGACUCUGCUGCUUCUGAGUCCUAUCCCCCACCCAAGCGCCUCAAGACAAACAGCUAUGGUGGGAAAGACCGAGGGGAGGAUGAUGAGAGCCGAGAACGAAUGGCUUCUGAUGUCACCAACAACAAGGUCAAUCUGGAAGAUCGCUGCUUGUCCUGUGGUAGGAAAAACCCUGUAUCCUUCCACCCCCUCUUUGAGGGUGGGCUCUGUCAGAGUUGCAGGGAUCGUUUUCUGGAGCUCUUCUACAUGUAUGAUGAGGACGGCUAUCAGUCCUAUUGCACCGUGUGCUGCGAGGGCCGAGAGCUGCUUCUGUGCAGCAACACGAGCUGCUGCAGGUGCUUCUGUGUGGAGUGUCUGGAGGUGCUGGUGGGUACAGGGACAGCUGAGGAUGCCAAGCUGCAGGAACCCUGGAGCUGCUACAUGUGCCUUCCACAGCGCUGCCAUGGGGUCCUCAGGCGCAGGAAGGAUUGGAACGUGCGCCUGCAAGACUUCUUCACUACUGAUCCUGACCUCGAAGAAUUCGAGCCACCCAAGUUGUACCCAGCAAUUCCUGCAGCCAGGAGGAGGCCCAUUAGAGUCCUGUCCCUGUUUGAUGGAAUUGCAACAGGGUACUUGGUGCUCAAGGAGCUGGGUAUCAAAGUGGAGAAGUACGUUGCUUCUGAAGUGUGUACAGAGUCCAUCGCUGUGGGAACUGUUAAGCAUGAAGGCCAAAUCAAAUACGUGAAUGACGUCAGGAACAUCACAAGGGGAAAUAUUGACGAGUGGGGCCCAUUCGACUUGGUGAUUGGCGGAAGUCCUUGCAAUGACCUCUCCUGUGUGAAUCCUGUCAGGAAAGGGCUGUUCGAGGGGACUGGCCGACUCUUCUUUGAAUUUUAUCGAUUGCUAAAUUACUCACGUCCUGAGGAGUGUGACAACCGUCCAUUCUUCUGGAUGUUUGAGAAUGUGGUAGCCAUGGAGGUCGGUGACAAGAGGGACAUCUCACAAUUCCUGGAGUGUAACCCAGUGAUGAUUGAUGCCAUCAAGGUUUCUGCUGCUCACAGGGCCCGAUACUUCUGGGGCAACCUACCUGGGAUGAACAGGCCUGUGAUAGCUUCAAAGAAUGAUAAGCUCGAGCUGCAGGACUGCUUGGAGUUCAGUAGGACAGCAAAGUUAAAGAAAGUACAGACAAUAACUACCAAGUCGAACUCCAUCAGACAGGGGAAAAACCAGCUUUUCCCUGUAGUCAUGAAUGGCAAGGACGAUGAUUUGUGGUGUACUGAGCUUGAAAAGAUCUUCGGCUUUCCUGCACACUACACGGAUGUGUCCAACAUGGGCCGUGGUGCCCGGCAGAAGCUGCUGGGAAAGUCCUGGAGUGUGCCAGUCAUCAGACACCUCUUUGCCCCCCUGAAGGACUACUUUGCAUGUGAAUAGUUCUAUCCAGGACUGGGGAACUCUGAGGGCUUGGGAUUAAUGCCAGUCAUUAGGAGUCAUACUGAUCCUUGAAGCCCUCAGCUCUGCCCUUCCUUAGUUCAACUGUUUGGGGCCUCACUAUAUACUCAACUCACUUCUGCUCAGU